UUUUCAUUUUACAUUGUAUUAUAUCGACCAUUGAAUUCUUCAUAUUGAACAAAAAAAUAAUUUCUGACUUAGCACGAGUGUUAUGUCAGGUGUAUGUAUAACAAACCCGUGGAGUCUUGACUGAAAUCGUUUAGGCAUAGAACAGUUCAAAGGUAGAUCAUUCAGUCACUUUUGAUGAACACAUGUGUAGAUAACGAUAUUUCCAAAAUAUUAAUCAAGUCAUUGAUUUCAUCAGCCUUUUUGAGAACAAAACCAACUGCAUUGCUUCGAUUGAAAGAUUGAUAAUUAAUUAUAUACCCAAAAUUCCUUAAUUAGCCCCCGGAGGCUCAAUAAUUUGGGGCAGUUAUUCCGAAUAACGGCGUAAAAAUUUUCCGACGAGAGAGGACUUCAAAGAGAUGGUUGCAAGAAAUUGAUCCAUUUAGGACUACUUGCUAGCGUCGCGCGUUGCAUGUACACAUGAUGUUCGGAAAAUGAACAGAAUUAUAGCCCUAGAUAAUGGAAUCUCAAAUCGUCUCCCCAAUUAUCACGGGCUACCGUUUGCAUGCCCAUGAAGAAAUACAAUGUAAAAAAACAAUGCAUCGUUGAAUACCCCAAUGCACUUGCUCUGCCUGCCAUCGAAUUUCGCCCACAGGUAGCAAGAGAUUGGUAAGCAAGACAUGAAGUGAAAUUCACCAAUUAGUCACAGUGCUGCGUAUGAAAAGAAUAAUUGCAGCGGUCAUUUCCAGAAAGCUUUUAUCCUUGACGCAAUACUGGGCUGCAUCGUGAUAGUUGAACUGGGCACAUCAAUGCCUCAACAACUUCUUGCUGAAACCACGCAAUAGGAAAUCGUUACUGUCGUAGCAGCAUUAAAGAAUUAAUUUCCAGUCUGAAAUAAAAGUUUAUUGUUCGUAAUUUGGACAAAUGGAUUCCGACAUGACUGAAAAUAGACCCCAGAGCUCCACACUUGGAAAACCCAGCGAAAGACUUGAGCGCGAAAUGGAAGCAAAUGCAUCGCCUUUAUUGACUGACCGUAGUUUUGGAAAUGAAAGAACUGCCGAGGAAAAAGAAGACAGUGGUGUUUUUGAUUUUGGUUGUCAGUAUUCAAAUGAUUCCGGAAAAACGGCUGUAUCCUUUGCAUCCUGGAGCUAUGAAAUUGUUCAACACUUGAGCCAUUGCUCGUAUUCAGCUUUUGAGAGUAUUUCCAUGCAGGACUUGCCUUCCCUUGAUCGUCGCUCAUCAGCCUGGCUUGCUGGCAUCAACGUCCAAAGUAUGAUUUUAGGCACAAGUGUCCUUGGUUUCCCUUUUGCAUUCAUGAAUGCAGGCAUAUGGGCCAUUCCACUUGUUGUCAUUAUCGGCACCGCAGCAAGUGUUUCAGCUGGCCUACUACGAGAUUGUUUGUAUCAAAAUUCUCGGAAGCACGGUCGUCCAAAGCGUGUCAGAAGGACCUAUGUUGAUGUUUGCAAUGGGGCUUGGCCCAUGUAUGGGCGAACAAUAUCAGAGUUGAUCGUGUUUAUAGGCCUUUUGAGAAAUGUGAUCGUUUUGAUAUUGCUAACAAACCUUAGCGUCCAAGUACUCGGUGACGUGCUUCGAAUAGACAAAGGAAUCAUCACAGUCUCUUGGGCCUUUGCAGUAUUACCGUUUUUAUUCAUAAAGCGAGUUUCUUCUCUGGCAUGGAUCAGUUUCAUUGGACUAUCACUGUAUCUCGUAGCACUUGCAGCCAUUUUGGUCCAGUGUCUUUUGCAUUACCCUUCGUGGUCUUUUGCCAACCUUCACUUUGAUUUUCACAUCGAAAAAAUUGGGUUGGCUGCAGGGAUUAUCAUCAACUCCUUCGCGCAGCAUUUAUCUUUCCCCCCCGUCGAAGGAAGCAUGAGAAAACCCAAGACUUAUCGCCCGACGUUUUAUGUAACAUUUGCCAUUAAUGUUAUUGUCAAAGUUUUCUUUGGUGUGUCAGCGGUGUUGACAUAUGGAUCUUGUACUAAACAGUCAAUUACUGGCAACCUUUCAGAUCGCAAAAUAUCCGUUCCCUCCAAUGCUGCUAUCGCGUUUUUCGCAUACUUCACUUUACCAAUGCAGAGUUUUGUAGUUUUUGAUUUGAUUGAUUCGAAGUUUUUGCCACACUUUCCAAUUUUCAAGAGUUCCGCUAGCUGGAGCUGGAUGUUCCUAUCACGGUCCGUUGUCUUGGUUACUUGCCUCCUUGUAGCUGUGUUAGUGCCUGAGUUUGGCCUCCUUGUCAGUUUUGUUGGCAGCAUUAGAGGAAGCUUCGUCAGUCUCGUGUUCCCACCACUAUUCUACUUGAAGCUCUUUAAGCAUAAAGUAGGAUACGUGAGAAAAAUCCAGUGUGUUGCUGUUGCUCUCAUUGGUCUAUCACUGGGUAGUGUAGGGAUAUACUCUUCGUCAAAAGCAGUUAUCUUGCUAUGGGUCUAACGAACUCCGUAUGGCUGUAUAAUUCAGCAGCGUAUCGCAGAUCACUCAUGGAACCAACAAACAAUUGACUCGCACAUUUUGUAUAAUCCAGUCAGAGCUAGAGUAACUAAAUUUACUCGUCAUUUUAUUAUUUUGUUUAAUUGUUUGUACAGUUCUUAGCACUUGCUAACAAUUUUUCCACGGUUGGUUUCAAAUCUUCCAACUCCUAAAAAUGUAGCAAAGUCCUCUUUCUUAUCUGGCAAAUGGGCCAAGAAGUCUGUAGCUAAAACCAUUUUUUCAACAACCGUCUCUACCUUCACCAUUUCAAAUGUUCUCCCCGGGCGUUUUUGAUCGAAGUAUGUUUUAUAUUUUGGAGCAAUAUUACUCACAACUUUUGUCAAACUCUUUCGAAAUGCUCAAAAAUGUUUUUUACACCUCCCCCCAUCCUACUAACACAACUUCUAAUCACUUACCUUCGUUUACCUCAAUUUCAUAUAUUCUCGGUUAUCGUCAUUGUUUCAGAUAACGAUAGUCGCAUAUAAAACCUUUUUCUCUUUCUGAUAUCUCUGGUUGCAAACUAAGCUAGCCAAAUCUUCUAUUUUCUUCAAAAUUUCUAAACAGGUCAAUUUUAUUCCUUUCAAAAAUCAAUUUGUUUCAAUCUUUCAAGUUAUGUCGACUUUUUUUCUCCACAACUCUAUUCCCCAGACCUCUUUUUCCCAGUCAUUUACUUCCCAGACCUCUUCUCCCCGGCCUCCUCUCCCCAGACCUCUUCUCCCCGGCCUCCUCUCCCCAGACCUCUUCUCCCCGGCCUCCUCUCCCCAGACCUCUUCUACCUCGGCCUCCUCCAAUGUGGACUAUUUUCAUCCUUCCCUCUCCCUUAAAACAUAAAUAAAUUUCCUAUCGUUUCCAUUAGCGUCACUAAUUUGCCAAACUUAAAAUGAGUUUAUAUGUAACCGUUUAUUUUUCUUGAAAUAAUCUUGAAUUGAAAUCUUCAAAUUGUUUUUGACAAAUGAAAUAUUUUUAAUAGAGGGCCUCCUCGUUUGAAUUAAAAAUCUGUCAUUUGUUUAAAUAGAAGGUGCAUCUUGUAUUUUUCUUCAGUGUGAUUUGCUGCAAUGCUAUUUCUCGAUGUAAGUGGCACAAAUGGUUCUUAGCACAGGCACGAGGUAGCACGAGAACUUGCUAAUCAGGCCCGCAAAUUAGAGCGAUAGUUGUUCGACUUCUGGGCGUUUAUUAGUAUUCCGGGAUGCUAUGAUUGUAUUGUUUUUACUCCUCAUUGGGUCUUUUACAUAUCAUCUAAAAAUCAAAGAUAAUAUUUAGCAUCAUGUACAUGUCCAUGAGUCCGUAUAGUUGAAAGACGGAGGGUCAUCUGAGCACCCUUCUGUACAGACAAUCAAACUUUUAGCCAAAUUAACUAAUGAAAAAUCACAAACAUUAAGGCUCAAAAAUGGCAGUUGCUUUCAUUUCUAAAGGAUACGAAUCGUCAUGUAUUUGUAAUGAGAUGAACAAGAGCUUGAGAGAUGAACAAAUUUGCUCUGGAAUCUUGUUAACUCGUGUAUAUCCAGAAGUAUCAGAGCGUUGACCAAAGGGCUUGAUACGUAUUUCGUCAUGCAAUGCAGGGGGUAAUGCUCAGUUGUUGUAGUUUAAGGGGCUCUUAAAACUUCAGAAUUUAUACAAAUUUAUGAAAACUAAUAAAGGUUUGGGGGGUUUUUUGCCGACAAUGUGUUUUCCUGUUCACGCCUGCCCUGCCUUCUGCCCCCUCCUCCCAAAUCGAUAUUGGAGGAAAUUUCAUCUUUCUUCACUCACGAAAACAUUUUUUUAUAAUUUAUCUUGCAAAACUUUUACAAGUUCAGCUUGAAGAGGUAAUGUGUUUUUUCUACAGAAGAAAUCAAUAAUAGACCACUUCAAUUUGUAAAAAAGCUUCGUUUUUAGGCCAGGGGUCAUAUUGCUCUCACUGUCAUGUAAUGCAAGAACCCUUUUGUAAAAAUAUAGUAGCCCACGGUCAAUUGAAAAUAGAAAACGUGAUCAAUUUUUUCGUCUAUGAAUAAAUUUUUGAUACUGUGGCAUUGACUUGAAAUAUUUAGCUAGAUAUAUGAUUUCAGGGUAAUGUUUUAGCUGUUCAGCACAGUCUCGAGACACACCAUAAAAAUUCCCAAGCUCUCGUUUAAUAAGAAAUUCGAUCAAAACGCUUUAUGGCUAGAUUUUGGCUAUUCUA